AUGUCGGAGAUAAAGGCAGAUUUAUUGAAACAAAAAGACAACAUGGUACACUGCAUCUCAGCUGACUGUAAAGCAUCCCAAGGAAUCGCAGAUCAAAUGGUAAAAAAAGGACUCAUAGGCAGAGAAAUGCUACAAUCGGUACACCCAGAGAUUACCGACGUGAUAUCAACAACAUAUCCGGGACGCACAAUCUACAAUUUAGUCACAAAAUCAAACUAUAAAUCUUUAUGCGACGCGCUCACUACCCUGAAAAAAGUCAUACUCAGGGACAGGAUUAAGACCUUAUCAAUACCAAAACUAGGAUGCGGGUUAGACAAAUUACAGUGGUACAGAGUCAAGCAGAUGAUCUCGUACAUCUUCAAGGAUUCGGAUUAA